AUGAGUCAACAAUACUACCAACAAGGUCCUCCACCUCCACAACAAGGUUACUACCAACAGGGUCCACCACCUCAACAAGGUUACUACCAGCAACAGCCUGUGUACGUUCAACAAGCACCACCUCAAAAAGAGAGCAGUUGUAUGGACCAAUGUUUGAAGUUGCUAUGUUGUUGUUUCCUAUUGGAAUUGGUCUGUGGUGACUAA